AUGGAGCUGGUGUGGCUGUAUGUGGUGCUGAUCCACGAGCAGCUGCUAUCCCUGGCCAAGCAGACUUCCCUGCAGGCAGUCCUCCAAGACCCCAAGGGCUGUGGAGGCCUGAUGGGGCUGGUGGAAGAGCGGCAGGUGGCAGCCAUGGAGGCAGUGAAGAGAGGCACAGAGCUGGCUGUCCUCGAGGGCCAGCACCAGUUCCACUCUCUCUGCUGGAAAUGCUCCACCCUGCAGGGGCUGCAGGUCUUGGGCAAGGCCACCAUCCAGGGCACAGGGGAGUCUGCUCUCACACACACCAUCUCAGCUUUUGCUGUGACCUGUGCCUGCAGCCGUGGGGAGCCACAGUGUGGCUGUGACCACAAGAUCCAAGGAGUCAGCCCGAAGGUGAGGGAAGAAGCAGGUUUCCAUUGGUCAGGCUGCUCUGAUAAACUUUAUGGGAUUACCUUCUCUCAGGCCUUCAUGGACAGCCCCAAGAGGAGCCGUGGUGUCUCCAGCCGAGUGCUCAUGAAUCUGCACAACCAUGAGGCUGGCAGGACAGUGCAGUGCUGGUGCCAUGGCGUCGGCUCCUGCGAGGUGCACACCUGCUGGAAGGUGCCUCCCUUCUGCCACCUGGGCAGCGACCUCAGGGAAAGGUUUGAGGGGGCAACAGAGGUUUGCCCGAAGCGGAUCAGAUCCUGCAACCUCCUGGAAAUGCCUUCUCCAGUGCUCAGCUGUUCCUUUGGCUGUUCCUUUGGAGAAAUGUGA